GUGGAAGCCAAAGGAGGGAGGAGUAAGUGAGCAUCGCCAAAACUGGGGCAGAGGGGGCUUUUGUUCUUAUUUAGGCUCCAAGAGAAAAGGAAGAGGAUCUGACCUGGCCUGGCCUUUCUUUUUGGAUGCAUCCAAAAAAGAAAGAAAAAGGAGGGUGCAUAGGAAGAGGUCAUGGUCAAUACUUCCGAAAAAAUUCAGUGUUUAAUACCCUUUGGGGAGAAGGAAACAGUGAAAAUGGAGUCAGAAGAGCCUAGAAGAGAUACACAAAGCGAGGUACCAGAAAGCACAAGCAAAGAUGGCCCAGGUUUCAACUCCAACGUAGAUCAUAAUGGAAGAAAUGAGCCUCCGGAUGCAAUGUCUUGUGGGACCGGGGGAAUGUCUCUCUCCAGAGUCACGUUGCCUCCGGUGAAGGAAGAGCCGCAAGAGGAAUGUACAGCCCAGCGCUGGGAAUCCCAGUGGCAGAAGUUCCUGAGGACAAUGGAGAGCCCUCUCUCACCACCGUCAUCAAAGGAAGCCACGCCAUGGGAAGACACCAGGGCCUUCCUGGCCUCCUUUGAGCGAGUGGCCGAAGCUUGCCGUUGGCCGAAGGAGGAGUGGACGGUCCGGCUCCUUCCGGCCCUCAGCGGAGAAGCCAAGGAGGCCUUUCUCAACCUGGAGGCCGGAAACAGGGAGGACUAUGAGAAGGUCAAGGCGGCCGUCUUGAGAGGAGAUGCCGUCAUCCAGGAGAAGGACCGUCAGCGCUUCAGGGGAUUCAGAUGCCCGGAGGCCAAAGGGCUGAAAGAAGCUUACGUACAACUUCAGGACCUUUGUCGUCGGUGGCUGAAGGUGGAGAGACGCGCCAAGGAGGAGAUGCUUGAGCUGGUGGUUCUGGAACAGUUCCUGACCCUCUUGCCCACGGAGGUCCAAAACUGGGUCGUGGGGCAUUACCCGGAGACCGGCUCCCAGGCAGUGGACCUGGCCGAGGAUUUCCUCCUGAGGCAGCGAAAGGCGGAAGGGGAAGGGGAACAGGUGCUGCAGGAAGUGGUGGUGGCUGUGAGUUGCUCAGAAGCAGACCAGCUUGUGUCGGAUGAACAGAGGCAGCUGCCCAUCAGAAUGAAAGAGGAAAUAGAGGAUGCACCGACCAGCAUGUUCGAAGUCUCGGCUCCCUCGAUUUCUCCUUUAAAUCCAACAAAAAGAGAGUGGGGGACCCCAGAUGAUGACGAGAAAUGUAUGCCCAGAAUCUCUAGUGUCGUGGGAUCCUACGAGUCAACAGUGUGGAAAGUGGAGGAGAUUGUUACUACAUCUUUCAAGGAGGAAAACACAUCCCCUCUUUUGGGCACGGAAGAUGGCACUGAUUGGCUAAAGCAAAAGGAGUGGGAACCAUGCAUAAUAUUAUCAGAAGAAACAGACUGCAAAGCUGCAAAAGAGAACGUGAAUGCCUCAAGAAUGCAGGAAAGAGAGCACGCAAAGGAAAGAAGGGAGGGACUCGUUCCUUGCCUCCUUGAAAACCCAGUAGAAAAGGAAAAUAAGAUUAACUCAGUGGAGAAGUUGUAUGUGUGCUCUGUGUGCGGGAAAGGCUUCAACCGCAUCAAAAGCCUGGCUUCACACCAAAGAAUCCACCAGGAAGGUGAAUGUGGAAAGGGCUACGCUGAAUGUGGCAAGGGCUGCUGUGAUCAGCCUGGCCUUGCGAAGCACAAAGGGAGAGACACAGAGAAGAAGCCCUAUCAAUGUCCUGUCUGCAAGAAGAGCUAUAAGCAGAAGGUGCGCCUGAUAACGCAUCGCAGGAUCCACAUAAAAGAGAUUCUGGAGUCUGGCCAGAACUUUGUCCCCGCCACAAGCUUGGUUUCAAACCAGAAGGUUCACACGGGGGAGAAACCGUAUCAGUGCCCGUUCUGUAGGAAAAGCUUCGGCUACAAGGCCAGCCUUCUUACCCAUCAGAUCAUUCACACCAGAGAGAAGCCGCACAAGUGCUCCGACUGCAGCAAGAGUUAUUUAAUCCAGUCCAGCCUCAUGAAGCAUAAGAGGAUUCACCGAGGAUGACGAAAGCGCAUCCGUGUUUGGGAGCAAGAAAAGGCUUCCCAACAAAGAGAGAAGCCAUAAAAGUGCUCAGUCUAUGGAAUUAGUCUUAUUUAUGCACACCAACGAAUACACCCCGUACAUAAAAAUGUGCAAACGGCAGAAAUAAUGUUAGUGAUAAAUCAACAAAUAGGAAAGAAUUAAAUCUAAAGGAGAUGUCUUACAAGUGUUUGAAUGUGGAAACAACUAUAGGUGCGUCUACACCAGGCAUGGGCAAACUUUGGCCCUCCAGGUGUUUUGGACUCCAACUCCCACCAUUCCUAACAGCCUCAGGCCCCUUCCUUUUCCCUCUCAGCAGCUUAAGCGGCUGAGGGGGAAAAGGAAAGGGCCUGAGGCUGUUAGGAAUGGUGGGAGUUGGAGUCCAAAACACCUGGAGGGCCAAAGUUUGCCCAUGCCUGCUUUAUAUAGUUUCUCCAACUUCACUCUGUCAGAGUAUUUGCAACGCAGCAGUAGUUGGAUGGAAGCAGUGGAGCGCAGAACGAAGAGACACUCAGAGACGUUGCUAAAACUAUUUACAAAGUUUUACUGUAUGCUGCAGUAAUCAACACAAACAGACUUACAGACGACAGAUGAACACAGGACUGUUCUGUUUUACAACAGAACUUGACUCAAACUCUAGGCAGACAGAACUCAACUGAACUGACGCAAUCAGUUUGCACAAAUACUUGUGUCUGGAUACUCCCUAGUUCCAGCCACACAUCAAGGUCGUCAUAGCUUCUUGGCAAUGAACUCUUUCCACACUAUGGUACAUUCUGGAUGAUGCAAUCAGUUGCAAUACAAGCAUGGCACAAAUUGCAUUUAAACACUAUCAAUACACAAAUCCCACAUUAACAAACUCACCCCUAAAAAUCAACACAAGAUAAAUUCCUUUAUGAGCCAUAUAUGUUUAAUUCAUUGGUUGAGCCCCCAGAAAAAACCCGCGUUUCUAAUUCUUUGGAGGACAAUCUCAUGAGACAGAGCUUCUUUCUUUUUUUUGGUGUUUAGCCCUUUAAUUGUGUUUUAGUUGGAUGGUUUUGUGGGUUUAUUUUGGAUGGAAAUGACGGUCAUAGAAAUGUGUAAGAAAAAAUAAAACUUGUAAGGAAACUUGC